AGCCAAGCUUCGCUCCCGGCAUGCCCUGCUCGCAGGGUGCCGCCCGCGAGUCCCGCGCCCCGGACUUUGCAUCCGCUGGGGGCCCGGGCCCGGGAGCGCGACCCGGGAUGCGUCCUGGAGCGGCAGCCUGAGAUAGGCUUUAGCCCUCACGGGAGAUGUGACCAGGACUGAGUGAGCUGCCGAAAGCAUGGAGACCGUGGUGAUUGUUGCCAUAGGCGUGCUGGCCACCAUCUUCCUGGCAUCGUUUGCAGCCUUGGUGGUGGUUUGCAGGCAGCGCUACUGCCGGCCCCGAGACCUGCUGCAGCGCUAUGAUUCCAAGCCCAUUGUGGACCUCAUUGGUGCCAUGGAGACCCAGUCUGAGCCCUCUGAGUUAGAACUGGAUGAUGUGGUCAUUACCAACCCCCACAUCGAGGCCAUUCUGGAGAACGAAGACUGGAUUGAAGAUGCCUCGGGUCUCAUGUCCCACUGCAUCGCCAUCUUGAAGAUUUGUCACACCCUGACGGAAAAACUUGUUGCCAUGACAAUGGGCUCGGGGGCCAAGAUGAAGACUUCAGCCAGCGUCAGCGACAUCAUCGUGGUGGCCAAGCGGAUCAGCCCCAGAGUGGACGAUGUUGUGAAGUCAAUGUACCCUCCGCUGGACCCGAAACUCCUGGAUGCGCGGACAACUGCCCUGCUCCUGUCCGUCAGUCAUCUGGUGCUGGUGACCAGGAACGCCUGCCACCUGACUGGGGGCCUGGAUUGGAUCGACCAGUCACUGUCAGCUGCUGAGGAGCACUUGGAAGUCCUUCGAGAAGCAGCCUUGGCUUCCGAGCCGGAUAAAGGACUUCCAGGCCCCGAAGGCUUCUUGCAGGAGCAGUCGGCCAUUUAGUGCCUGCUGGCCAGGAGCCAGCCAUGAGGGCCAGCCUGCUCCAGCCCUGGGUGGCUCAGCUGAGUGUCCACUUUUUCCUGUAGAAUCAGUCAUUCUCCACGGCUCUGGAAUAUAGCUCUAUGCAUAUUGAAAGGCAGGGGAGCUCUGCCAAUGGAUGCCUCUGUUGCAGUUGCAAAUGGUAGUUGGUGAGUGGCAGUCUAAUACCACAGUUCGGGGAGUGAUGUUCACCGUCUGUGCAGCAGAGCAUUGAACACUGGUGGACUGUCAGCUUUAUUUGGCUCACCUAGUGUUUUCAAGAAAAUUGAGCCUACAUCUAAGAAUCAGGAGCUUUCAUGUUAAAAUUACAACUUCUACCUUCUCUUGAACAAUCAGGAGGUGCGGCAGUUCUGACCUGUAUUCCCAAAAGGGGACAAAGUAAGUAGAAGUUGCCUCUUUUGAUAAGACUUAUACUCUCACCUAGCCUGUUUCAUUUAUUUGUAUUGUCUGCCUGUUCCCUAAGGCCUUUCCUCCUCUUUACAGAAUUGAGUUUGAAGGUGAGCAUUGCAGAGCAAUUUCUCUUUAAUCACUGUGCCUGCAAUUUGACCUAUGUACCACUAGGUGGAUAAUAAAACUAUAUCUAGGUUUCAAA